AAAGAUAAUAUAUUAUUAUCCGAAUCAUAUUAUUUUAAAUUUGGCACUUUUUAGUUUUGAAAAAUAUCGUGAGUGAGAUCGAUACGUCGUCUGGGUACGCAUAUUAGAAACAUUCGAUUAAAAUUCAUGACGAUAUUAAGUUCGAUUAUCGAACGAGAUUCCCAAAAGAAUAUCUAUCACGACGAACUGUCCGAGACGAAAGCGAGUUUUUUUCUGAAGAAAAAUAAAAAAAAGAACGGUAAUCAAGAUUCAUAUCUUGGAAUAAUUUUCUUCGUUAAAAAAAAAAAAAGAAAAAAACAUUUUUUUAUAUAUACUCGACAUUUUUGUUAACAACAAUAGUGAGCAUCUACAAGUAUAAAAAUAGAUUUGGAUAAUUCGUCUUAACCUCUUAUAAUUAAAAAAAUUUUCUAAAGGAACACUCAUAUGUUCAAAAUUUCUUGGUUGAUAAUAAUAAAUCUCGACAAAAUUGUCGAGUUAACGUUUCAUUUUGGAAAUGAGUUCGAUAAUCGAUCGAAACGUACCACCUGAUAUUUUACAAUGCCACCUAGGCCAAUUCAAUGCUCGCUUAGGAUUAUCUGGAUAAUGACACAGGUGAUUGUUAAUUUAGUAAGUCCUUACACUACGUUGUUACAAUUUUGUACGUAUGGAUCAUCGAUCGAUGAUCAUCAAUUUCCAUAUUUACAUCCAUCCGAAAAUCCUGAUUGUCAAUUCCGAGCGUCUAAACGUGAAUUUUAUGAUCAAACGUAUCAAUAUCAACGAAGAUUUCCGAUUGAUCGAGAACCGUCGAUCGAGAUCAGGGCGAUUUUAGUUCGUUGUUCUGAACCAUCUGAGGAAAUACUCGAAGAACGUGCAGGAAUGAAUUAUAUUAAUAAAAAUGAAACGUUUUAUGAAAAUUUGGAGACGUCCUCAGAUCGUGAGCAAAUUCAAAAUUGUCGUCGAAAGUUGAUCAUAACGUUAAAAUUAAAUAAUGUUGGAAAGACUAGAACGGAAGAAGAAUAUAUAGUAGUCAGUCAUGCUUUAGAUCCGAUUACAAUGCAGAAAUCACGCUUACAGAAUCCUUAUGUUAUUAAAGUUCGCCAGGAGUCGGUAUUGCAGUUGUACGGCUUGAAAUUUGAAAGGAUUGUCAAUGCCGAAGCAAAGGAGCAGAUUAUUAACAAUCAACAUGUUAAUUAUACGGGAUGUAACGAUGGUAUAGAAAAUCCUACUUGUGGUCUUACAUAUGAAAAUGGGAAUCUUGUUCCUUUUAGUCAGGGGUUCUGUUGUUCGUGCCAUUCCGAAGUGAAUGCAUCGCGUCAGACAAUGCGAAAAUUGAACGAAUCAGCUGGAAAUUUCUCUUCGAAGAUAGAGACGAAAGACAAAAAGAGAUCAAACAGAUCAAGCAACAGGUCGACGACGUUUUUUAAUGAUUCCAAAUUAUCAGCUGUUGCACAAACAGAUAAAACUGAAAGAAUGAAGGAAGGUCAUUUGAUAUACAGUAGUAGAAGAUUGAAGCAGAAUAAUGUCGGUAAUAAUAUAUCGAAAGUCGAUAAUGAAGGAAACAACAACAAUAAUGAAGAACUCAACGUCGGUAAGAAAGAUAUCAACGUCGAUAAAACAAAUAUCGUCGCAAAUAAUACAGAUAUCAAUGUCGAUAAUAUAGAUCUCUACGAAAAGAGCGAAGACAGAAAUAGGUCGGAGAAUAAAUUGAUAUUAAAAUCAGACUUGAUUAAAGACGAGAAUAUCGAAGACACGACAUCGGCGUUGAUAAGAACAAUUUUAUUUUCUCCAAAAAUGCAAACCAAAGGAAAAAUCGAGCCGUAUAUCGACAGCAUCAAAGAUCAAGCAAUAAGAGAGUCAAGAAAUUUAAACGACAGCGAUAAUAAAGCGUCUAUUAAUUCGAAAAGCUUUGUCGACGAAUCUCGAAUUGUCUCGGAUGUUUUAAAUUCGAAAAAUUAUGAGAAUCGUAUCGACGACAUCAGCAAACGCGAACGUAAAAAUUUAGUGGACGAACUGACCGAAUUGGAGAAGGCAUACGAUGCUCUUAAGAAAAUGAGAAAAUAUAAAAGGAAAAAUCGUAGUACGAGAAAUGUAGAGUUGGCGCGAAAUAUAGAUAAAAAUUCGAAAAGAAAUGAAUUCGUUGACGAUAACAUUGAAAUGAAAACGAAUGGAUUCUCAAAUAAUCCGAAUAUAGAGAAUGCGAUGUAUAAGAGUACGAAUGGGAAAAGCACGAAGGAUUGUUUCGAUUUAAGAAAAAAUGACGAUGAAAUGAGAAAAAAGGAGAUGGAAGAUGAAGGGAAAUCAAAUUCCAGGAAGUCUACGUGUUUGCUUGCUUCUUCGAGAUUGAAGCAGUUUCCAAGACGAUCGUUUCGAACUUCCAAGAAGAUUUAUGAAGAUCAAUCGCGCGAUAUUGAAGUUCCGAGGAAAAUGAAAUUCACUGGGUACUUUACUACAGAGAAUGUUUCGAUUAGUAGUUUCGCUGAAGCGACGACAACGAAAACGACAACGAGGACGAUGACGACGAAGAGGUCGAUAUCGGACAAAUCAGAGACUAAUAACGUUUUCUCGGUCCUUUCAUCCAACUCAUCCAUUAACAAGUCUAGAAACUCUUCGUUUAAUUCUUACGAAAACUACGUGUUUGCACUUUUAACGAGCCUCUUGACAACUGACGAGGAUAUAUCGAUUAAUCCGAAUAAAAACAUUAAUAUGAUAAGUUACAGCUUUGACAAGAAUCCAACGAUCGUUCAUAAACAAUAUAAUAGUUCCAACAGCAGAGGAAAUAUUACAACGGAAGAUCGGAAUAAAUUAUUUAUAUACGCGCAGAAACAUAGUAAUAUCACGAUACUGAUCGACAGAUAUAAGAGAUCUCCAAAGCGUUACGAAAGAUCUACGAAAAGUUUGGGAAGUAAAUCAAAGGAAAAACGAGAAGGAAUUUGUCGAAAGAGAAAUAAUUUUCCAUCGAAGAAAUCUUUCGGGACAAUGAACGAAAAGAAUUUGAUAAAAAUACCUGCUAAUCCGCCUGAAAAUAAAAAUAAUACACGAAGUAUACAAAUAUUUUUGGACGAAUCGUUCAAUGAUGUCAAUGAUAAAUAUAUCAAUUCUACUAUAGAUUUCAAUUCCACGGACAAUCCAUUUUUAAAGAAGAAUAAUGCACAUGGAAAUCACAUCGAUAAAAUUAUCGAAGAGAAAUUUGAUAAAAUAAAGGAACUCUUGAAAGAGGAGCUUUCGGAGGAAUCAAAAUACAUCAACGAUAUAAUGACGAAAUCGAACGUUACCGAAGAUAUUAACGAAAAGAAAUGUAAAAAUGAUGUUAUGAAAAAAAUCGUAAUCGUUAAUAUCCCGUUGGUAAACUUUGUAGAUACUAAUGUUCAGAACUUUAAAGACAAUAGACCUUCCUUAAACAAAGUAAUACGUUCAAAUAAAUCCUCUUUCUCGUUGAAUCCGGUAAAUGGAGUGGAGAAGUCCAUGGAGAGAGCUCAAGAAUCCAGAUAUCGUACAAACGUUCAACCGAGUGCCUGGAAAGCGAGGCAAAUCUCUGAUCUGAUUAUAAGUCGUUCUCGUUUAAAUAGUACGACCGUUGGUAAUCCAAGAAGAAAUGUUGUCUCUUAUCUCGAUCUAGACGAUGCUAAGAUCGCUUUAAAGAAGAUAAAUUCGUCAGGUGACAGAAACUCUGCGUUAAUUUAUCAAACCGGCGAUAACGGUGAAAUUUUUACCAAUGAACAAAAUAUCCUUCGUGGUCUCAAUCGAAAGAAUUUAAUAUAUGAUAACAAUAAACUACUAAAUAAAAACGUUAAGAACGAUCGUAGAAGUACGAACGAGAUAAUAUUCUACGAUUAUAAUUUUGACGACGAGGAUGAUGGCGAUGAUGUUAAUGAGGAAUAUUCGCACGAUCGAGGACGAUCCAUCAGACGAUUAUUGUCGAUCGAUGAUUCGAAUAAUAAUAAUUAUAAUUCACCUAUCGUUAAUUCUUCCUUAGAAUAUGACGAACCCCAGAAUUUUGAAUACGAAGAUUAUAAUUAUCAACAGACCAAUCCAGCCAAUGAAGAAGAUCAUAAUAAUCCUUUGAACGAAAUGUUCGAUCUGGAUAGUGUUACUUCCAAGCAUAAGAUUUCUAUGAACGAUAAAUUACACGAAAAUAUGAACGGCGAUACGAGUGUUUUGAAUGCUGACAAAUAUAUUAAACACAUGGCUAAGUUGAUCGCUAAUCGUAGUAAUUUACGUUCUAAACUGAAUAAACAUAAAACAUUCAACGACGAAUUAAAAAUUGUUAAGAAAGAUGUCAGCGACGAUCCGAUUUAUUCAAAACGUGAUUACAAUUUUAACUUUGAUUCUGGAAGAUCGAACGACGUUAGAAAAAUACGAACGAAUUAUGAUUUUAAUUUGGAAGACGUAAACGACGGAUUCAACUUGAAUCCAAAUCUAAACGAUCAGAUAUCUCCAUUGGACAAUACUGGUCAAAUAUAUCAACCAGAAAAUGAUUUGAAAUACAACAAUCAAUUUCGAUCAAAACAGUCGAGACAAUCUAUAGAAUCUUUAGAUAAUGAUCCGAUCAAUCCAAGACAAGUAGACUAUGAUGUUAAUGAUCAAAAAAAUGAGGACAUUGAUAUUUCUGUUAAUGGUAAUAUUCACGUUGAAGGUGGUAUUAAUGGUCGUCCGAUAUCAAUUGCAUUCGUUGCUGUACCCGACGUGGAAUCAGACCUGGAUACGAUUAACAACGACAGUUACUUCAACGAACAACAAUCUAGUUUGACCGAUGUUAAUGAUCGAAACGAUUCACCGUUCGGUAUUGAAUCUGUGAUAUCUAAGAACAACGAUAAAUAUUUAAUCGUUAACGACAACCAACAAAAUAAUAACGAUAACAAUUUAGCUAGAGAGAAAAAGGAGGCAGAUAGUUCUCAAAUAGAUGACGAUUCAUUUUACGACGACAAAUUAACGAACGGCAAUAUAACGUUUUUCAGAGUAGUACCAGAGAAACCUUGUUUAUCGUCGCCCUUGAAAAAUAACUUCUCUAAUAAUUCAAGUAGUAAUUCUUACGAUUCAAAUUUGUAUAUUCCAUUCUUUAGUAUCUCUGAUCUGAAUCCAUCGGAUACCACUCGUAAGGAGGGUAAAACUGCAGCUAAUAUUGAUUUGACAACCUCAAUAAUAUUUACAUUAGUCAUUGAUACUACUACGCCGGAAUCCACUGAAAAACCGCAAGAUGAAAAAGAAUUAGCUGUACCACCACCACCACCACCACCACCACCAUCACCACCGACAACGACGCCGGCGGCCAUCGUUGAGGAUACUUGUUUCCGAACGAAAGUUACUCUUAAAGAAAUGAAAGUUAAUGAGACUACUUCUACGAAUGUUCCAGUAACUGUUAACGAAGUUCAUUCAACUACUACAACGAACAUUACGAAGUUGGAAGCAUUACUUCGGUCGAGUGAUAUGGCCUCAUCAAAAUUGAAAAAUGAGAUCAACAACUCCCAGAUGCGUUUCAAACAUCUCAUCCGCCCAGAAGAUACAUCCUAUGGAUCGAAUUUAACAGAUUUUAAAACUAAAUGCGACGAUGUCGACGAGGAAAAAGACGUCACUCUUGGUCCAGAUACACGGAAAUCAAUAAUACCGGCUUUGUUAUCAUCGGCGAAUGGCACUCUUGGAAACUCAACUUCUCCACUCGUCGAAUCGAGAUCUGCUAUAAAAGAAAAGAAAACAAGGAGGGAUACUCUUCAGGAUUCCACCUCGAAAUUACUCUCUUCGAUAAAGGCGAAUUCUAAAGGACCGUAUUAUAAAACUUCCUUCAACUCGAAUAUGAAGGAACAACAGCAACGGAACUAUGAAUCAUCUAAAAGUUCUGUUAAACGAUCGCUUUUAAGAGGUCACGAGAAUAACGACAAAUCUUUUCUAUUUUACCCUCACCAGAACCAGCCACAACAUUUUUCUGAAUUGCUAUUGAAAAGAUAUGUACCCAAUGAUACCGGUUCUGUAUUUUCAAUAAAUAAGAGACAAAGAGAAAGAGAUAAAAAAAAGAAGAGAAAGAUCAAUAGUCAAAAUUCAAGCAAUGCGAAGUUUCCUAGACAAGCAUUACGAUCAAAAAUGUCGAUAGAAACUCCGACAAUCGUGAAAAGGGAAAUGAAAAAGAAAAAGAGUCGUGUCAAGUCCAAUAACAAAGCUAACUUAGAAUCCCUGUUUAAAAGCCAUGGAUCCAAAGACUCUAAAUCAGUAUCGAAGAAGAAAAAGCACGAUACUCGAGAUUCAAAUAAUUCGGAAUCUCUUAGAAAUGUAAUAAAACCGAACACAUCGAUGGAAAAAGAAUCGUUAAAUUCGGAAAAUGGAAUAGGAACAGAGGCUAGUCACCUCAAAUGUACCGACAAAAAUAGUUUUCUAGAUCUCCAUAAACGAAAGGUAGGAAAACGUAUGAAAAAGAAGAUGGAUGACAACGAAGACAUAAAGAAACUUACUGGUAUACGAAGGAAGAAAAAGAAGAAGAAAAAGAAGAGAAAGAAAGCGAAGAGUCAGGAAAAUAUGUUUGACAUACCGGAGGUGAAAACUAAAUGGAAAUUGAUAAAAAGAAAUUUAUUGAGUAUUUCAAACAUAAAAAGAAAUAAGGGAAUCGAUCAGUCUGAGGCCUUGAAAUUGGUAAAAAGAAAUUUGUUGACCAUUCCAAAAAUAAAAAUAAAAAUGGGAAUAGAUGAGUCUAAGAUUUUGGGAGUGGCAAAAAAGAAUUUGUCGAGUAUUUCGAAAAGAAAAAAAAGAAUGAUGAUAAAUGAAUCUAAGGUUUUGAGAUUGGCAAAGAGGAAUUUGUUGAGUAUUCAAGAAAAUAUGGAAAUGGAUGAAUCAAAGGCCUUGAAAACGAAAGGAGAAACGAAUAAAGAAUCGAAAUCGACUUUGGUAAGACAGAGGCAAUCUAAAACAGAUGGUAAACAAGUCCGUGGUGGACAGGAUUGUUCGAAUCGCGAUCAGUCGUUGGACGUUGACGAAUCGAAAUACUCUGAAUCUGCCCACUGCCUUCGCUUCAGUGAUCUGUGGUAUUCUGUUUAUCGCUUGGAUGAACCGAUAUUAGACCAAGCAGUGUCUCUUCAAUUAUAUGAAAAACGAAGUUUACCUGAUGGUACUACUCGAUGGGAAGAUUUAACUCGUUCCAUGAUUAGAUUAGAUAAUUUUGCAAGACGUUACAGAAGCAAUGACGAUACUCUUGCGUUUACUUAUCGUGCUACAAAAAAAGUAUCGAAACAGUUUCCUGCUACUUUGGACGUUAGAAAGGAUCGAUUGCUGAUACCAUCUUCUGUUUCUACUGGAAAAGAUUUCAAAAUCAGCCAAUCUAAAGAUGCAUUUGAAGAAUAUCUGAUUGUAAGAGCUAGCGAAAUCAGCAAGGAUGGAAACGAAUGCGACAAAGUUGGCGUGGGAUUUAAAGCAUUCGUUGAACAACCGGAUCGUUGUGGACGUCUUGAAGGAACCUGUUUGAAAAAUCAACCUUUAUCUUAUUGGAAACAUGACAGGGAAGCACGGGAAGCUGGGCGAGCUGGUUGUUACUUCUUGAGCAAUUUCGCGUCUGUGCCGAGAGAGGCCAUCAAGUACAACGUGAGCGGAAGCGGAAGCGGCGAGUUCCUUGCUCUGGAGUACCAUUCCCCGCACGUGUCUGCGAUCGACAUUGAAGUCAGGAACGACUACAAUAGCGUCGCCAGUGCAGGGCCGUUUGGACGUAUAACUCAUAUAUACGUGGACAGUACAUCUUUAAUACACACGAUCGUAAUGAUCGUGAUACGGAACGUGGGAUCAACACCAUCGAUUUAUCGUCCUAGAAUCGUUAACUGUCCUCAAGGACUUCCGGCAUCUUGGUCGAACGUGAAAGGCCUUGUGCAGAUAAUUUUACCACGACAAAAUAGAAGAAUAGUCUUUGAUCUCUACGGCGAACUUCCUUUCAAUGAAUUCGAAUGUACCGUGGAGCUGUUAGAUCGUCUUGGGAAAACUGUGGCUACGAGAAGAAUGAAAGUACGAAGAAUGGAUCGUUGCUUCUGCGUUUGGCACUGUCUCUGCGCUUGCGUUGCUGUAGCCGAUGGCUGUCGACCGAUGUCAACGAUGCAUUAUCACGCAGCUGGAUUUCAGUCUCCUGUACCGAACGUCCCAAUGAGAUCUUCUUCCUUCGAUGGAAGUUUCUUCGACAUUAUAUUCUUACUUCUCUCUAUACUGGCACUUUUUCUUUUCAUGGGUGUAUCCAAGUGGAUCAUAGGAAUCUACAUUCCUGAGGUUAGUCGAUGGGGAUUGGAUACUUUGCUUAGAACUACCAAAAUGAGCGAGUAUUUCGAAGAUGAUUUAAAAUGCAGAUGUAUCGUUACCGAUGAGUCAGGUUUUCCAGUUCAUCCAGAUACAGGAAAUAGAUCGAUCAGAAUUUGUAGCAGAAAAACAGAGUUUCUCUUAAAUGUUAUAUUCUUCUUAGUUUAUCCAGUUGCAGUUAGUUGGCAUCAUAUACAAAAAUUCAUUAGUAAGGAAAGUGGAAGUUAUAGUUCGGAUGAAUCGAAAACAUGCCUGACAAGCGACAAAGAUGAGUACGAGAACCUAGUAACUGUGUGCACGUACGGCGACAGCAAAAAUUCUAAAAUGGAAGCGGAUGAUACGAAUUACGUCAUGAACGAGCUAAAGAAAUCUCAAGAAUCUUUACAAGAAUAUAAUAGAUACAAAAGAUAUCGUUGCUGCAUGGAAGGAAGGGAUAGAAAUAGAAAUGAUUAAGAUCUAUACCAAUCGAUCGAUGAAUCAUUAUCGUGAUCACUAUAGCGAUUUGAUACAACCAAAUGAAUUACUAUUAACGAUGAUUGAUCGACCAGAAAAGGAGAGAGAAUUCUUGAUCGAUGAAGAUCUUCUUCCCAUCUCCAUUCCUGCCACAUCCCCUCCCCUCCCACCGCUACCUUUUCUUCAACCCACCUGUUCCCCCAUCCCCUCCCCUCACCGUUCACUCUCAUCUUAGAAGAUUUCAUCUUUAUUAAAGAAAUGUAUAUAGACUAUAAGCAAAGCAUAAAACACUUAUAAAGUUUAACAUCGAAACUUUGCUUCGAUACUCGUUAGAAAAAGUUGCAUAUCUCUCGGAGGUAGCGUUUUCCUUCUGAAUUUUCGAAACGAGCUCAGAGAGAACUACAAAGUUUCUGCCUCUCUUAGUAACGAACGAAGAAAAUGCACGACGAAAUCUUCUCGUAACUGGAGUUAAACCGAAUUUUGUUUGUCCGGAUAGUCGGUAAUUCAUUCUGUAUUUACAUUCGGAAUAUUUAAAUGUUUUACAAAUUUAUUUGUAUACGUUAUUAUUAUAAAAUGAUUUUUAAUAUAAUGCAUAUACAUAUUGUACUUGUUAAAUCGAUCUUAUCUGAUAAAUGAAAUUGGGAUGAUUUAAAAGUACGUAGAAAGAUAAUGUAUGUAAUUAGAUUUUUAGGAUUUUAGUGAACAGAAAUAGAUGAAAUUGUAGAUCAUUAAAAUAUGAUUCAUAUAUAU